AUGAAAUUACUGGGCUCCCUACCCUGCCUCCUGCUGGCCCUGUGCCUGGGCAGCGGGAAGGCUGGCCCACUACAAGGGGGUGCUGGAAUAAAUGUUGGGGAGGCCGUUGGACAUGGAGUAGGUGAUGCCCUUAGCCAGGGCCUUGGGCAGGCCCUUGGCCACGAGGCAGGAGGGGCAGCCAGUAGUGCUGCUGGCCAAGGGUUCAGAGAAGCAGCCGGUUCUGCAGCCAGGGAGGCCACAGACGCUUUGGGCAAUAAGAUCGGGGAAGCAGCCCAUAGUCUUGGGAAUGGUGGAAGAGAGGCUGCCAGACAGGUUGAGAAUGCCCUUCAACAUGGAGCAGAUGCUGCCCAUGGCUCCUGGCAGGGGAUGCCCGGCAGCAAUGGUGCUUGGAUGGACAUACUAAGUGCAGGUCUGUUGUCCUUGCAGGGAACAUCUGGAGGCCAUGGCAUAGGCAAUGUCGGAGGUGCAGGCACUCCCUGGGGCCAUGGAUUCCCUGGAAGCUCAUCAGGCAGCUUUGGAACUCAGGGAGGCUUUGGGGGUCCAGGAGGCAAUGGAUUGCCACCAAACACUGGGGCCAAUGUUCAGGGAUCUGUGGCCCAGCCUGGUUAUGAUUCGGUGAGAGGCAGCAGCCAAAAUACCGGGUGCACCAACCCCCCACCAUCUGGCUCAGGAGGAAGCUCUAGCAACUCUGGGGGAAGCAGCGGCUCACAGUCAGGCAGCAGUGGCUCACAGUCAGGCAGCAGUGGCUCACAGUCAGGCAGCAACAGUGGCCGUGGUGGCAACAGUGAUGGCAGUUCUGGGACCAACUGGGGAUCCAAUACCGGCUCUUCCUCCAGCGGCGGCAGCAGCGGAAGCGGUGGUGGACAUAAACCCGAGUGUGAGAACCCAGGGAAUGGAGUCCGCAUGUCUGGAGGCUCCGGGGGUCAGAACUCUGAGAUGGCUCCUGGGCUCUUCAACUUCGAGAGUUUCUGGAAGAAUUUUAAAUCCAAGCUGGGUUUCAUUAACUGGGAUGCCAUAGACAAGAGCAAAAUCCCGCCCCCCAGCACUCGAGCCCGCCUCUACUUCCACCGACUCUGGGAGGAAUUCAAAAGCAACACUCCUUUCUUCAACUGGAAGGCAAUUACUGAGGGUGCAGACCCAUCACUGCAGAAGAGGGCGGGUGGUGCCGAUCAGGUGAGUCUCUGCCCUGCAACUUCCCUGGAAGGCCCUUGGUCCCUUCUCAGCCUUGUUCCUGGGUCGGCCAAUCUGAUAUUGUCUUUCCCUCCCCCAUUCAAUAGUUUUCUCAGCCAGGCGGAGAAAGGCAAGAUGCAGCAGUUUCUAAGAACCACGUUUAUGGCCAGCAGGUAUAUCCUACUCCCUAUAAUUGGCAGUACCCACCCAAGACCCCUGCUAAGGUGGGAGAGAGGGAGGAGUGACGCCGCCUUCUUCCUCGGCUUCCCGGGUGCAACCCAGCCUGCUGCACUGGAUGAAGUUCUGGAAGAAACCAACAUCGAAAAUUACGCAGCGGAAUCCGAGGGCCUCAACUCUCAGUUCCUGAAUGUUGACAAGUUGCGAUCUGCUUUUAAGCCUGAGGAGUUCCUGAACUGGCAUGCGCUCUUUGAGUGGCUGCACAUUCUGCACUUUACCCUCUUGGUCUAUUCCUGA